AUGAGCUCGAACGCGAUACAGCGCAUCCAUAAGCUCCGCAACAUGCGCGUGCCUCCCCGCUGGAUUCCAGGCAAGUCGACGCAGCCCGGCGAGGUUGCGUCGCCGAGUAUAAGCGAUACGGCGCCGGUCGAGGCGCAGGCGGACCCGCCGAGGCGGCCCUCGUCGCCGUUUGGCGGCCAGCGCGCCUCGUUCUCGGCCCUGCGGCGCUCGCUCGAAAAGGGGACGCGGUCCGCGUCGAUGCUCUCUGCACGCAACAGCAACGACUCAUCCAGCGCGAUCGACGCGUCGGACCUCGGCAAGACUCCGAUCUCGCUCGACAUCACCCUCAGCCAGCCGGCCAGCGCCGAACAGGACGAGGAGACGCCGGUCGACACGCCGUCGACCUCGUCCGCACAGGCGUACAUACCUGCUACUGACCAUACGCCGCCGGUGCUCCCGCCGGUCGAGACGUCGCCGCUGCAGACGCCGUCGUUCCGGUCGCCCGAGACGGGCACGGCUUCGCUGCCGGACGAGCCCGCCCCGACGACCGCGGACGAGAUGCACGCCCCGCCUGCGAUUCCCGGCAGCGCAGACGCGAGGGAUGCGCAAGGGACAGAGGCGCCGUCCAUCGCACUCGAUGAGGGCGACACGUCGGCACACGACGUGCUCGUCGACGCACCGUCCGAGCCACUGUCGCGCAGCGAAGUGACGCAAGAGAUGCUUACCACGCCGUCGUCGUUCGCGACAAUGGACACGGCGCAGGCGGACGUGUCGACCGACACGCGCUCCGAGGCCGAGCAGGCGCCGGAAGCGCACGCCGAUAGCCUCGCUCCUACGCCGGCCAAGGGCACGGACGCGCCUGCGGCGCGCCUGGCGCCGACGCCGCAGGAGGGCGCUGCGGCGACCUCAGACGCACCUGCGGAUGCGGCCGAGGCAAAAGACGAGGCAGAUAUCUCGGCGAGCACCGACGUCGGCACGCCGGCGGCGGCGCUGCCCACUAUGCCGUACACUGCGCCGACGAUCGACAGCGCGGCGGCCAUGCCAUGGCACACGUCGCCCGUAGCGACGCCGCCGGCCGUGGAGACCACAGAGACGGACGGCGCCGCAAAGGAGGCCGCCAACGCCGAGGCGGCCCACGCCGAGGCGCCGGCCGAAUCCACCCAGGCCGAGGCCCCGAGCGAGGUCGCGGCGUCCGAGGCGGCGCCCGCGCCCGGCACGUCGGCCGCGCCUGCUGCGCCUGCUGAAGUGGCCGCGUCGUCUUCCGAGCCCCCAUCGGCGGACGCGCCGUCGGACGAGGCAUUGUCGCCUGACUCGGGCACGCUUCCCACGAUCCUCACACCUCCUACGCUAGAGACGCCCACCACUCCUCCUGCGCUCGAGCUGCCCUCGGGCCCCACUCCGUCUGCCUCGGCGACGCGCCUUGCCCCCCGCGAGGCCCCCGAGCUGCCGCGCACGUCGAGUGCCGUCGAGCUCCCCGUGAAGCCCGAGACGGAUGCCCCCCACGCCGGCAUGCUGGGCCAGAUCGGCAAACGCGGCUGGGACAUGGUGCGUGGUUGGCGGCAGCCGCUGCCGAACGUGCGCAAAAACACGGUGCCAGGUGGUGCGCGGCUGGAGCCCGGGAAAGGCGAGUCGCGCCGCCGUUCGCUCUUUGUGCCGAAUCUCGGUGCGGGCCCCAAGAACGAGGUGCGCCCCACCUCGACGCCGACCAAGAUGUGGCUCGACUGGCUCGAGUCCUCCAGCCCCUCGCUGGCUGGCUCCGGGUCGCGCAACAAGCUGCGUGGCCUGCGUUCGUCUACGUCGAUGCUCACCACGUCGGCGAGUAUGCAGUCGCUGCGCCUCUCCCCCCGGCUGGGCGUGCCCGAGGAGGUGGGCGUGCCUGCCGCGCCGCUCUUUGGCAUGCCGCUGCGCGACGCGGUGCUUGCGACCCGCCUGCUCGUCCCGGAGCUGAGUCUCGACGAGGAGGCGAAAGGCGUGCCGAGCCGUGCCGAGGCGCAGCAGUCGCUCGUGCCCCGCGUCGUCACGCGGUGCAUCCAGAGCCUGGAAAAGUGGGGUAUGGACGAGGAAGGCAUCUACCGCAUUUCUGGGCGCUCGUCGCACUCGUCACGCCUGCGUGCGCUGUGGGACGUGCCCGGCGCGGACUUGAACAUGGCCGAGAUCAGCCCCGCGGACCUCGACGUGCACUCGGUGUGCAGCGUGCUGAAAAUGUACCUGCGCGAGCUCCCCGAGCGCCUCAUCCCCCAGGAUCUCGCCCUGGAGAUCGACAAAGUAAUGAGCGAGCACCUGCCGACAGAGCGCGCGCCGGAAGAGCUGCGCUCCGGCGAGCUCUUGCUGCGCGACGACGCCGCGGCCGACGCGCUGGUCGCGGCGCUGGCGCCCUGCCUCGGCCGCAUUCCGUGUGCGCAGUGGUACCUCUUGCGCGAGAUCGCCGAGCACCUCGGCCAGCUCACGCAGCCACCGACGGUCGUGCGCACCAAGAUGCCGCUGUCGAACCUCACGUUGGUCCUCGCGCCGACGCUGCAGGUCUCGGGCGCGGUGUUUAUGGCGCUCGUGCAGUUCCGCAGCCGCCUCUUUACGAGCGAAAACCGCCCUGUUUCCGACCCGCUCCUCGAGACCGGCGUCGAAGACAGCGCGGAGCCGGCCCCGCCGGCGGCCGAGGCUGCGGACAGCGCACCGACGUCGCCGCCGGGUGACGCGCCCCGAGCGCUCCCCCCUCUGUCGAUGGCCCACGGGGUGCCGACCCUUUCUGCCGCAGGCGGCAGCGAAGGCGCCGCGCCCGCACUGGGUCACCCCAUCGCCGACCGAUUUGCGCAGCCGCGCAGCGAUCUGUUGACGUCGAGCUCCGACGCUUCGGCCACCCCACCGUAG